CCAAGAACAACAUAAUCCAAUGGGCUACCAUUCCUCUAAGAUGAGGUAUGGCUUGGUUUUGUCUGUUAGAUGGAAAAAUAAUGUGAAACCUUAUCAUUGAAUAUAGAUGGAGUGCUAUAUAUAGUGACCCUCCAGAAAGCAAAGUUCAAGCGAAGCGAUAGCUUUAAGCUAAUUAUAUUAGCAAUUAUUUUCAGCAAUGGCUUCCUCAGUUAUGUCCUCAGCAGCUGUUGCCACCGGCGCCAAUGCUGCUCAAGCCAGCAUGGUUGCACCUUUCACUGGCCUCAAAUCCGCCGCCUCCUUCCCAGUUUCAAGAAGGUCUAACCUUGACAUUACCUCCAUUGCUAGCAACGGUGGAAGAGUCCAAUGCAUGCAGGUGUGGCCACCAAUUAACAUGAAGAAGUACGAGACUCUGUCAUACCUUCCUGACUUGUCUGACGAGCAAUUGCUCAAGGAGAUUGAGUACCUUUUGAAAAAUGGAUGGGUUCCUUGCUUGGAAUUUGAGACCGAGCACGGAUUCGUGUACCGUGAGAAUAACAAGUCACCAGGAUACUACGAUGGUAGAUACUGGACCAUGUGGAAGUUGCCCAUGUUCGGGUGCACUGAUGCUACCCAAGUCUUGGCUGAGGUCGGAGAGGCAAAAAAGGCUUACCCACAAACCUGGAUCCGUAUCAUCGGAUUCGACAACGUUCGUCAAGUGCAAUGUAUCAGUUUCAUCGCCUACAAGCCUGAAGGCUACUAAAAUCUCCAUUUUUAAUACAACUGACCCUAUGUAUUUAGGGGAAGCUCGUUUGAGUCCUCCUUACAUAUUUCCCCAGUGGAACUUUAUUUAUUCUCCUUCUUUCUAUUCAGAGAAGGGGAGCCUCGGUGUUACUGGUAAAGUUGUUGCCAUGUGACCAGGAGGUCAUGGGUUCGAGCCGUGGAAACAGCCUCUUGCAGAAAUAUAAGGUAAGGCUGCGUACAAUAGACCCUUGUGGUCCGGCCUUCCCCGGACCCCGAGCAUAGCGGGAGCUUAGUGCAACGGGCUGCCAUUUUCUUUCUUUCUAUUCACUGUAUGAAUUCCAAUU